UGACUCAGUUUCCCCUCGGGGUGGAAGGGGACCUUGACUCAGUUUCCUCCCUGGGUGGGGGUGCGAGUCAGACCCUGACUCAGUUUCCCUCCGUGGUCCAUGGGGGUAACUCUAACUUUGUUUCCCUGUUAGGGGAACGUGUGCCUGAGUCGAUUUCUCCUCAGCAUAGGAGAUGGGGAGAAACCUCCCUCAGCUCUCUUUAUGAAACUAGAGAGGGUCCUGACUCAGUUUCCCUAAGUAAAGGGAGGAAGGACACCAGAUCCAGUUUUCCCGUAGGAAACAGGUGUUUCUGGCUCCGUUACCCCACCCCUUAGCUUCACUGCAGGUUUGAGGAGCAGGCCCUGAUUUAGUUUCCUUUGGUGGGCGCUUGGCUCCAUAUUCUCUUGGCGGGGAUGGGGUCCAGAGGAUGGACAGUGGCUUAUGCUGACUCUUGGCCCCCUCGUCUUCCAGAUCUGUUCCCUCUCAUCUUCCCUUCGGAGCCGGCCCAGGCCACCGGCCCCUAUGUGGAGAUCAUCGAGCAGCCCAAGCAGCGGGGCAUGCGUUUCCGCUACAAGUGCGAGGGCCGCUCAGCGGGCAGCAUCCCAGGCGAGAGGAGCACCGAUACCACCAAGACCCACCCCACCAUUAAGAUCAAUGGCUACACAGGGCCAGGGACAGUUCGCAUCUCCCUCGUCACCAAGGACCCCCCUCACCGGCCUCACCCACACGAGCUCGUGGGGAAGGACUGUCGAGAUGGCUUCUAUGAGGCUGAGCUCUGCCCAGACCGCUGUAUCCACAGCUUCCAGAACCUGGGGAUCCAGUGUGUAAAGAAGCGGGACCUGGAGCAGGCCAUCAGUCAGCGCAUCCAGACCAACAACAACCCCUUCCAAGUCCCCAUAGAGGAGCAGCGUGGGGACUACGACCUGAAUGCUGUGCGGCUCUGCUUCCAGGUGACGGUGCGCGACCCGUCAGGCAGGCCCCUCCGCCUGCCGCCUGUCCUCUCUCAUCCCAUCUUUGACAACCGCGCCCCUAAUACUGCUGAGCUCAAGAUCUGCCGAGUGAACCGAAACUCUGGGAGCUGCCUUGGCGGGGAUGAGAUCUUCUUGCUGUGUGACAAGGUGCAGAAAGAGGACAUUGAAGUGUGUUUCACGGGACCAGGCUGGGAGGCCCGAGGCUCCUUCUCACAAGCCGAUGUGCACCGGCAAGUGGCCAUCGUGUUCCGGACACCACCCUAUGCAGAUCCCAGCCUGCAGGCUCCCGUGCGCGUCUCCAUGCAGCUGCGGCGGCCUUCCGAUCGGGAGCUCAGCGAGCCUAUGGAAUUUCAGUACCUGCCAGACACAGAUGAUCGUCACCGGAUUGAGGAGAAACGCAAGAGGACAUACGAGACCUUCAGGAGCAUCAUGAAGAAGAGUCCUUUCAAUGGACCCACGGACCCCCGGCCUCCAGCCCGACGCAUCGCUGUGCCCUCCCGCAGCUCAGCUUCCAUCCCCAAGCCAGCCCCCCAGCCCUACCCCUUUACACCAUCCCUCAGCACCAUCAACUUUGAGGAAUUCCCCCCCAUGAUCUUUUCUUCUGGGCAGAUCCCAAGCCAGGCCCCAGCCCCAGUCCUAGCCCCGGCACCAGCUCCUGCCCCAGCCAUGGCAUCAACUCUGGCCCCGGUGCCAGCUUCCACCCCAGCCAUGGCAUCAGCUCUGGCCCCGGCGCCAGCUCCUGCCCCAGCCAUGGCAUCAGCUCUAGCCCAGGCCCCAACCCCUGGCCCAGUCCUAGCCCCAAGCCCUGCUCAGGCUGUGGGCCCACCAGCCCCCAAGACCGCCCAGGCCGGGGAAGGGACACUGACAGAGGCCCUGCUACAGCUGCAGUUUGAUGCUGACGAAGAUCUGGGUGCCCUGCUCGGCCACAGCACGGACCCAGCUGUGUUCACAGACCUGGCAUCUGUCGACAACUCCGAGUUUCAGCAGCUGCUUAACCAGGGUGUGUCUAUGGCCCCCCAUGCAGCCGAGCCCAUGCUGAUGGAGUACCCUGAGGCUAUAACCCGCCUGGUGACAGGGUCCCAGAGGGCCCCUGACCCAGUUCCCGCCCCCCUGGGUGCCUCAGGGCUUGCGAACGGCCUCCUCUCAGGGGAUGAAGACUUCUCCUCCAUCGCAGACAUGGACUUCUCAGCCCUGCUAAGUCAGAUCAGCUCCUAAGGCGGUGGGGGGGCGGUGACAGUGCCCUGCCUGGAGCACUGCGGCUGCAGGGGACUGAACCCUUCCAAAGGCACUUAAUGGAUUCCGGGGUGCAUGCUCCUACUGCCCCCAAUUCCUUUGGGCGAUGUCUUGGGGGAACACAUUUUAUUCUUUUAUCAGCAGUAUCUAUCUGUCUCUCUUUUUGGAGGUGCUUAAGCAGAAGCAUUAACUUCUCUGGAGAAAGGGGAGCUGGAAGGACUCAAACUCUUUUCCUGUCCUGAUGUUCUGCUCCCUUCUCUCUGUAGAGAACUCUGGGGGCCCCAUCCCCACCCUCCCGCAUCUAGUACUCCCCUAGAGAGAAGGGCAGACUGGAGCUAUGGCCUUUAGGGCUACAAAGUCGUCUUAUCAGGUGUCUUCCUCAAACCAUGGAUUUCAUUUACUCCUUUAGCCAAAACAAUGCCCUGCACCAGCUCCUCUGUGGCGCUAGCAUUGUCCUUGUCCCUAACACCAGCGUCUGAGGCCCUGGCCUUCCUGCCAGCCCUUUCCUUGCUCAAUUGUGGCUAAAGGGAACUGAUGGGACAGCACUGGCCCUCUCCAGAAUCCAGAGGGGGUUUGGGCUGAGAUGCCCUCAUUCCCCGUUUUCUCAAGUGCCUUAAUGGUAGGGCAAGUGGUUUGGAGGAUGGGGGAGGGCAGGCUGAUGGCUCUCCAGUCAAGAGGCACAGUUUAUACUGAAAAAUCAAAGCAGUUGGACUCUUGCUCUUUCUACUCUGAACUAAUAAAUUCGCUGCCAAGCUGA